CUUCAACUGCAAAUUUUUUAAAAGAAAUGACCCUUUUCUGGCCCAUAGAAUAAAGUCAAAAAGAAGUGCAGCGCCUUUUUUAGCAAUGAAGUCUCGAAACGAGCAUUUUUACAUUCGACGUCCUCUUUCUCUUUCUUCUCACUGUUUCUGUUGCUAUUCGCUUGCAUAUAUUUCUUUUUCUUUUCUUUUUUCCUUCUUUUUAAUACUUUUAUUAACCUGUUCUUGCUCUAUAGAAUUUUAUUACCUCUUCUUCUUGUUAUUGCACUAAAGGCCAGCCAUGAAGAUUAUCGACAAAAUCAACAAGGCGCUCGAGGACGAUCGGUGCUUCUGGUCGUUUGAGUACUUCCCGCCCAGAACGGAACAUGGCGUGGCGAACCUGUACGACCGCAUUGAGCGCAUGUGCAACCUCGGGCCGCUGUUCAUCGACGUCACCUGGCGGUGGGGCGGCAAGUCGUCGGACUUGACGCUGGAUCUGUGCUCCAACUCGCAGACGAUCUAUGGCGUCGAGGCCAACAUGCACAUGACAUGUACCAACACAAACUUCGGACUCAUCAAGUCGGCACUGGAGAAGGCCAAGGAGCACGGAGUGCAGAACAUCCUGGCGCUGCGUGGCGAUCUGCCCGACAACUCGGUCGAGUUUGACCCUAGCGUUGGCGAGUUCAAGUACGCCACGGACCUGGUGCGCUACAUCCGCAGCACAUACGGCGACUACUUCUGCAUAUCGGUCGCCGGGUACCCCGAGGGCUGCAUCGGCCCCGAGGACAUCGACCGCGACAUUCAGUACCUCAAGGAGAAGCAGGACGCCGGCGCUGACAUUGUCGUGACGCAGCUAUUCUACGACGUGGACAACUUUUUGGUGUGGGUCGACAAGUGCCGCGCGGCGGGCAUCACGAUGCCGAUUCUGCCCGGAAUCAUGCCGAUCCAGAACUACGGCGGGUUCAAGCGCAUGUCGGAGCUGUGCCGCAUCAGCGUGCCGCAGGAGAUCUGGAGCCGGCUCGAGCCGAUCAAGGAUGACGACCAGGCAAUCAAGGACUACGGCAUCGAGGUCGCCGUCAACAUGAUUUCGCGCCUGCGGGCGGCCGGCAUCCGCGGCUUCCACUUCUACACGAUCAACCUCGAGCGGUCGACGCGCAUGGUGCUGGAGCAGCUGCAGCUGGUGCCGACCGUGCAGGAGCUGCGGCCGCUGCCCUGGAACCCGUCGCUGUCCGAGAAGCGCGCCGGCGAGAACGUGCGGCCGAUCUUCUGGCGCAACCACGCGCGCAGCUACAUCAAGCGCACCGAGCUCUGGGACGAGUUCCCCAACGGCCGCUGGGGCGACGCGCGCUCGCCGGCCUACGGCGAGCUGGUGCACGGCGCGCAGGUGCGGCUGUCGGCCACCCAGGUGCUGCGCAAGUGGGGCCAGCCGGCGGCCGUCGCCGACAUCAAGCAGCUGUUUGUGGAGUACUGCCGCGGCCGCCUCGACGCGCUGCCAUGGAGCGACACGCCGCUGCAGCCCGAGUCGUCGGCCAUCGAGGACUGCCUGGCCAGCAUCAACGCGCGCGGCUUCCUGACCAUCAACAGCCAGCCCAGCUGCAACGGCGCGCCGUCCAGCGACAAGAUCCACGGCUGGGGCCCGUCCAACGGCUUUGUUUACAAGAAGGCCUACCUCGAGUUCUUCACGUCGCCCGAAAACAUGCAUGCGCUGCUGGCACGCCUGGACAAGGAGCCGUCGCUGACCUACUACGCCGUGUCGAAGCGCGGCGAGCUGCUGACCAACUGCCAGGAGGACAGCCCCAAUGCUGUCACCUGGGGCGUGUUCCCCGGCAAGGAGAUCCUGCAGCCGACCAUCGUCGAGCGCGUCAGCUUCCUCGCCUGGAAGGACGAGGCUUUCGACUUCUGGAACGCCUGGGCCAACGUGUAUGACCGCGACAGCACGCCCGCCACGCUGAUCAAGGGCAUCAGCGACGACUGGUACCUGAUGAACAUUGUCGAGAACAACUUCCAGAAGAGCCCCGAGUCCAUCUUUGAGCUGUUCAGCGGUCUGGGCCAGGACCUGCCGGGCGCAUCCGAAUGAAAACGAAAGGUUUGGCCCCGUGGAUAGACAAGCUGAGCGGGGUGGGCGGACCGACGGACCAACCGACCAACCGACCAACCGACCAGCCCGCUCAUAUUUCGCAGUAAUAAAAUGGUUAAUAAUGUUAAUUUCUUAGAACAAAAGAGUGGCUCUCAAUUUUAUCUCCCG